UCUCUCCGUCCGUGUCGCUGUUCUUUCGUUGGUCAUGUCUCUGUCGCGGGUACCGGAGAUCCCUCGAGCCUUCGCCGAGUGGGGUACGGAGCAAGUGGUCCUGUGGCUGGAAACUCUUCAACUGUCCCGAGACUACGCCAAACAAUUCAGAGAUCACAAUAUCGACGGGCCGGCUCUACUGCGACUCAACCCGUCCUCUCUCAUCAGUUGGCCCAACAUAUCUUUGAAGUGCUUCACUGUCGGAGACACUAGCACAACCUUUUGGCCUGAAAGGAACUGGUUGGACUGCCAUGUAGAGUCAGUCUCUCUGGCUCUAUCUGAAAACAGUAGUUUGGGGAUAACUGACAGUCUGGAUAGGGUUAAACUCCUGCAGCAGAUAACGACAAUGCAGGCAGACCUCGCCUCACUCGGUGCACCGACUCGUCGAUGGAGGGGACUCGGGAAGUUUCGGCGCUACAGUGACAACACUCCAGUCUACCGCACACUGACUGCUCCACCUUCUAGAAGAGUCGGCACAGAGGAAGGGAAACCGCGAGGGUCAAUGAGUGCAUCACGAACUCUUUCGCGCCCAACGGUACUCGAUGGGUACUCGUCACAACAGAACAGAAUGAGAACUCAGUCGGUCCACUCGUUCUCUGGUACAAACUCAUCCACUUCCGGGACUCUCUACUCUGUGGCAGACGCGACCAGCUCCGUAAUCGGGACGUCCCAUUCUGAUAUCGGAGUGCCUCGUUCUGAGUCUGCACUGGCCCAAUCUCUAAGUAGGAUGGCGUAUUCCGACGUUGGUCUUUCUCCAACUAGGAACUCAGAGGGAAGAGGGGAAACUCCAGGUGUUCUGCUGCGACGAAGAUCGUCUCGGACCAAAGACAAAAAGAAGAGGCUCUCUAGAAGCAUGGAUAAGUUAUGGGAGGCACAACUGGCGGGUAGCCCCCUCCCAUUAGUGGCUGAUAGCCACAGUGUGCCUGGUCGUGGAAUGUCCCGAUAUCACAGUGCUGGUGUCCCGUUUCACGAUAGUCUGGCUCACCAGGAGAGCGUCUCCGUCCGAUUACACGAUGGUCCGUACCAUCGGGCAACUGCGUCUGUCCAGUUGCACGAUAGCGUCCCGUAUGACGAUGGAACAAUGAGGCUACACGAAAAUUCUCGUCUAGUGGAAAUCUUACAUGAGGAAAACACGACGCUCAAGAGAGAACUGGAAACAUACUAUCAGAGAGUCUGCAAACUAAUGAGGAUGGAGCAAGAGCUAGAGAGACUGAGGGAAGCUCAUCGACUUCUGGAAGAGUCCAACAGACGAAGAGAGAAACUGGAGGCAGCAAUGAGAUCUAAACUGGAGGGUGAAAUAGCUAGAUACAGAGCUGAGGCGAGUGAUGGAUCCGUGGAGACCUUGGAGAGAGGGUUAGAGAGGAGAGAGUCGGUGGCUAAGAGAAAGUUUCAGAGGGACAACAGCGGCGAUCAGCCACAGGUCUCGGAUAUCCACAUCAGAGCUCAGACAGACCAGGAAACUGAGGUGUACUCUCAGAGAAUUGACAGACUCAACGAACACCUGCAGAGUCUCCAGCUGAUUAGUCUGAAACGAGAGGAGCUGGAGAGGCGAGUGAGGACCCAGCUGCAAGACGAGAUUCGAGAGCUCCGAGGAAGAGAGGGUGGGGCCAAGGAGGAGGGAAAGGGAGAGGAAGAGGGCGGGGCUACAAACUGGGAGACGGAAGUAACAGUCUUACAAGCCGACCUUGCCAAGUGGGAGCAGAAAUGUACAGAACUAGCGGCAGAGAAAGAGCUUGCAGUUGAAGUAGCUUUGGCCCAGAAAGAGAACUACAUCAGUCAGUUGAAGACAGCACUGGCAGGAAAGGAAGUGGAAGUGAGAGAGCUGAUGGAGAGGUGUCAGAGAUGCUCCUGUCAGUUUGACGAGGCCGCCAGACAAAUCAGCCACGCCUCUCCACUUCACAAGGUUCACUCGUCACCGAGUCACAAGUCCCCACCUCACACCUCACCAAGUCACUACGCCCCCCAUCACCAGCUCCACACCUCCCCGACGUCACAACUCUCACCGUCCCACCGGAAGAUGGCUUCCCCAACUCUGACAUACGUCUCUCACACUCACAAACUCCACCACUCACCACCUCACCAACUACACACCUCCCCCGCCAAGAAAACUGGUUCCAUGCUGGAUCUGUCCCGAGGCAGUUCCACCAGUCCCAGUUCCAGUAUGAUAAACGAGUCCCAUUCCGAUGCCCACGUCCACCGAUCCCCCCACGCCGCCCCAUUCCUCACUAACGGAGGGAGAGACCCUACAACUAUUGCCACCUCUGCCGGAGGAGGACAGGGAGAGCUCGCUCAAGCAAAGCUGUCUUCUCUUCCUCCUGAUGUUUAUCAUUCCAUCACCGAGCAAUUGAACGACACUCCUCUUAAUAAUCCAAGACAUGUGGUCAGAAGGGUUAAAUCCAAAACUCCGCCCCCAAGAAGUGAGGUCAACGUUCUACCGCGGAGCUACCAGUACAGCUCAUUAGAGAGGGGUCCCCCUGUAAGCCACACCCCCUUGGAGUUGCAGCUGUUUAACACGUUGCUAGGCGACGCAGUGCCAGGUGGACCUGCUGGUGACCGAGGGGUUAACUCGAGUGGCAAACACAGUCUAAAAGGGGUUAACACACUUUACUCGCAUCCCCAUGGAAACCGUGUGUAAACCAUUAUAGGAGUCAUUAGUUGAAAGCGUAUGUUCGAAUUAUAAUAUUAUGUCGUGUGUUAAAACAUCUGCAGUCAGUUUUCGUUUUCCAUUACAUGCGAAGG